UACCGCGCAUGUAGAAAUUGUCACCGUGCCUUCGAGAACACAUGAUACCGCAAACAACAUCCCCUCGCAAAUUUAGAGAGACGAUGACAAGAAUCGCACUGAUCUUUGUACCCGCUCUCGGCUCCCACUCCACAUGCUUCAAGUGUGUUCGUUUACUGGUCGAUGGACGUGUCUUUUACUUUGUGCACUUGGAUACGCAGUCACCGGAUCUUCGAAGGACUUCUCUUACCUCAAUUGACUCUCUUCAAAUACAGGGUGUGGACUUUAAGAUCUUUUAUCAACUUUACUUUACUCCACAAGACAGUAUGUCUUCUUACGACCUAUCACACUACGAUGCGCACGCAACGUUUGGCUACCGCCCUACCUUAAUAUUCAAACGUUCACUAUACAGAAUCAGCAAGCUGCGUUUAUCGAACAUCGACUCUACCAUACGAGUGUAGGCGUCUGCCUAGCGAAGAGGACUAUCAGUGGUAAGCUAAGUUCUGCUGACCACAUCAGAUUAUGUAUGGUAGGGUAGGAAAGACAAAAUCCAGGCAAAGACUGUAGCGUUUUACUGUUCUUUCUAUCUGCCGAGUCUACACUACUCUGUCGGAUACUACAUGUCCAGUACAUUGUAUCAUUCGACGAUCUACCUGAAUCACCUCAGACUAUCGACCUGACUGCUGAGAAGACAAGC